AUGGCCAAGUUCUCCGACCUUCCCAUCGACAUCCUGAUGGAGAUCUGCGACUUCCUUCUCCAUCGCGGCACCACCAUCGAAGAGGUCUUCGCCAAAGCGCACGUGGCAUUCUGCAUCGAACCAACUCUGCUCGAAGAUAUCAUCGCUUUAACUCUUCAACAGGGCCACAGCAGCGUCGUGGCCCUCUCUCAAGUCAGCCCCUCCUACGAGCCUCUUCUCCAGUGUCUCGAUCGCACCUUGUCUCUCCAUGGCAAGACUUUUCUCAGUGACGCAGUCCGCUUCCUCAAGCUCAUCGAUUCCAAGCCAGAGAUCGCACAGCGUGUCAAAAUCGUCUACCUGAACCUAGAGGAGAAGGACUGUGCCGACGCAGACUUUGACGGGCAAACCGUUGACUAUCUGCGUCAGCUCGCCGAGAAUGGGGGUAUACCAUGGUCCGAGGAGCCCUCUUGCCAUCUCCCUGUGUCGUACGUCUUCAGUGGGUCGACCCUUGAAGAUCGUAUCAACACCGUCGCCAGAAUCCUGAUCGGGAGGUUACCCAACGUUGAACAGUUAGGUCUUUCCCUUCCGGCCCUCCCACUCGGCUACCAUGACAAUCCCAAAAGAUCUCCUGAGAGCAACGUCGUUCUCAAACGCCUCAAGCACCUUGCUCUCCGUACCUACUCGCCAGUCAUGUCUAGAAACGUACGAAGGGGCUACCGGAUCCUUGAAGACCUCGCUGUUACCCCGACCCACCUCUUUCUCCAGGAUCCCUUUCUCUGUCAUGUCGGGAUCGGACCAACCGCCAAGCCAUUCUCUCAUCUCUUCCAGCACGUCACCCAUCUGAUCCUCGGCGGCCAGAUGACACAUGAAGGGGACCACGAAUCGGAGAUUAUUCAUAUGAUCGAAUGUUGUGCUCCUCUUCAGGAUUUCAGAUGCGAGGCUCCCAUGCGCAACCAUGAUUCCGGGACUCACGGUGCCUUGGCGAUCAUCAACAGCCUCAAGAAGCAGCACGCAACGAGCCUACGAACCCUUGCCAUUCGAUUUUGUCAAGGCUGGCUUGAAGAUGACCUAGAUUGCAUUGAGUUCACUUCAUUCAUCAAUCUGGAGAACUUGUGUAUGACUACAGCAUGCAUAAAGAAACGACAGGUCGGCCGGGCGAAGGACGAUGCCACCAGAACUGAAGGCACCAUCACCACACUGCCCAAGAGCCUGAUUCAGAUCUACUUCUUGGACUACCCCCAAUGCAUUGCAGAUGAGCUGAAAUGGCUUGCGUCGCACCGCGAAGCCUUGCCCAACCUCAAGCUUGUCCACUUCUGGGAUACCCGCAUGUGGAACGAAUGGGGAGGGUGGGAAGACACGGAGUCGGAUGCUUUGGUUAAUAGCGGUCUGAACGUCUUGCCCUUAACCUGCGACGCUGUGGAUUGGCAGGUCUAG